CAAUAGCAAACCCCACCAUUUCUCUAUUUCUUCUCUCUCCUCUCUCAAUCUAGGUCUUUCUAAAACCCUGUCUUAAACCCCAUGGCCAUGGCGAUGAGAACGGCGGCGGCGAGGGUGGCGGCGGCCAAGCCAUGUGGGCUGAGAGGACUGUUCUCAACGCUGACUUCCACUUCUCCGUUCAUUCCACCGCCUUCCAGUCAAGCAGAUAACAGGCCUCCUCCGGCUGAACCCUCCGACAACCUCUUCGUCUCCGGGCUUAGCAAACGUACUACUACCGAAGGACUAAGAGAAGCCUUUGCAAAAUUUGGUGAAGUUGUCGAUGCUAGAGUAGUGACUGAUCGUGUGUCUGGAUAUUCGAAGGGAUUUGGUUUCGUGAGAUAUGCUACAUUAGAAGAUGCUGCAGAAGGUAUAAAGGGAAUGGAUGGCAAGUUCUUGGAUGGAUGGGUUAUAUUUGCAGAGUAUGCUAGACCAAGGCCACCUCUGCCCGGGAACAAUGCAGGACCUCCAUCUUAUCAGCCUGGAUACGGGUCUCAAUAUGGUCGUCGGUAAAUAAUCAGUGGGAGAAGCUGAUCAUUUCCAAGGCAUCACAAUUGUUUGGACAACAAUAUGGUUUACGCGGAUCAAAAAAAAAAAAAUCAUUUACAGUCCUGUUCUCUAUUUUGACUCUUUGAGAUCUUGGUUCUUAUUCUAUUAAAGUUGGAUCUUGGUUAUAUUGAGUGAUUACGUGGACUUGUGUUGGUGCAAUGAAAAACAGUUGUCAGUUAUUGAUGAGCAUUCUGUGGGACUCGGUUUUUCUGUAGAAUGACGAUUAUAAAUGGUUGUGUUUUCGUGUCA